UCUUGGCUCCGAUAUCGAUUGACGCAAGAUCCACUCCGCACGCCAGGAGAGCCUUUUUUGCGCCGAGUGGCCGUACGGCGGGCGCUUAAUCCUUGUCCGCUUCUCGUCCGCCUCAACCCAUGGGAGAUCGUGGGCGACGCCCUGUUGGUGACGGGGGUCGACAACUAACACCGGCUAAGCCGCUGAUUGGCUCGCGGCGUCGAUUUCCUAACCAAUCCGGUAAACACGAAGGGAGGGCGCAGGGGGUUGCUAUUCACAGCCAAUGGCGAGAACAAGACCGGCGAUGCAGGCUGGCUCGCCUCUUCGUCGACUCCUCCAUCUGCUUAUUUGCUGGAAGCGCUCGGUACUGUCACGCGUGGACGGCAGGGUUGUCCAGACUAUGGCACGACGAUGCCAUUGGGUCCCGCGCCCUGCAUCCAUCACAGUCUGGCCCGCCAUUCGUCGUGCCGUCACCGUGCCACUCCCCAUGUUGGGUGCAUGGGAUUGUAAGGUAUGUAGGGCCGGUUCCUGGCGAGCCCAGGUCCGGUCCCCGGGAGUCAGCUGGGGCUCCUCGUUUACAAAAUAGCGAACCCCCCCUCCCCCUCCCCAACACGCCGCGACGCCCCCUCCCUUUUCUUCUUUUACACGCUUCACCGUUCCGAUGUCCUGCUGCCGCUACAUGGUGCUCUCGCGAUGCACCCGGGACUACAACUUGCCUGCGCGACGUGGGCGAUGGCGGCCCUCUCGACCGCCCUGGUCGUCCUCCGGCUGUAUACCCGCAUCCGGAUCGUCAAGUUCGUCGGCGCCGAGGACCACAUGUAUGCAUGGACGGGCGUCUUCUUCGUCUUGUUCGCCGUCUUCAUACAAGUCUCGAUCCAUUACGGGCUCGGCCAGAGCUUCUGGCGACUCGGCAUCGACGACGCCUCCAAGGCCAUCUUCUGGACGUACGUGGCGAAUAGCUUUGCGAUAACGGGAAACGCCAUGGCGAAACUGUCGAUGGGGCUCUUCCUCCUCCGCGUCGUUCAGACCAGGUGGCACAAGAUCGCGCUCUGGGCGGCCGUCAUCGUCACGGUCGCUACGUCUAUCGCGCUCACUAUCAUGCUAUGGAAUCAGACGUCACCGAUCAGGGCCAGUUGGGAUCCGUUGCGGACGCCGGGCAAGUGGAACAUACAGAUCCAGCCCUUGAGUGUUGGACUCGGCGUGUGGUCGAGCAUAUGCGACUUUUUCUUCGCCAUCUUCCCUUGGUUGUUCAUCCGGUCGCUUCCCAUGUCUCAACGGGAGAAGAUUAUGCUGGCCGGCGGGAUGAGCCUAGGAGUGAUCGCCGGGGCCUGCGGAAUCACGAGGACCGUGGUCCUGUCGCGGCUCGACGUUUUAAACUACACACUGAAUUUCGUGCCCUAUUUUGCCUGGGCCGGCGCGGAAAUCGCCGUAGCCAUGGUGUGCAUCGGCAUCCCUACGUUAAGACCUUUAUACCUCCGAACGAGAGGGUUGACGAGCGCGUAUUCGAAUCAGGGCCGAAGCCACAACGCCAGCCAGCUGCCCCGAUUCGUGAUGUGCGACCAGAAAGCGCCCAGCCCCCCUCCCGACCCGGUGCGCGACUCCGGGUUCUCUCACGCGCGAACGGACUCUAACGUGUCGAGGCCGCCGCCGGCUUACACCGAGACUCGAUACGACAGCGUGGACGAUAUCAUAUCGGAGUACGCGAACCGGAAUGUCGACGUGAUAUGGGUCAGGAACGAGGUCCGAAUCCGGGAAGAGGUGGCGGAAUGGCCAUUGCGGAACUGAUAUUCGAUUACCUAUUACACAGUACUAGAUUUACGGAUGGUAGAGCCGUCUGGGGACGCAAGUCGCUAUUAUAAUCAAGAGUAGAACAUUUUCCAGCUGCUCGUCGCACCUCUUCGGCCAUUCGUUACCGUGCAGGUCUCUCGACUACCUACGUGACGACCCCACGUGGAGUAGGUAGGUACCGAAGGCGCGUCUUUCUUGUUUUCUUAUCUCGGAUCGGACAGGGACCAGACCCAGCCUUGGUUACGGCUCCGACCUGACACGACGGUGGAACGGCAUUGCUGCGUAUCUCUCGCCAUAACAGACGGGUAGGAGGUAGUAAGGAUGUCAGGAUGCAAGAUGUGGCAUAGUCCGUCCCGUGUGUUUCCUGGUCUAUGGACACGCCCCUACUCUCGAGACGGGCGGGAAUGUAUGAGUCUAGGUAGGUUGGCCGAUUCGGAGGAAUGUGGAUAAGCGGCAUGGGUUUCGAGUCCACGCCCCGGGUAUCUAGGUAGGUACCUACUACAGGUAGAGAGGUAGGGUAGGCGUCUGAGAUAGGUACAAGGUCGGCCGGUACCCGUAGCAUCUGCAAGGUACGUGCAAUUACGUGUAAUGGGAGAGGUAGUAAUGGUUACCGUAGGAAGGUAUCC